GGGUUAGGGCAUAGAAAGAAAGAAAAAGGGUGGGGAGUGGUGAGUGGUGCGUUUGGGAAAGCGUAGCAAUGGAGGGCGGAGAAGAAGGAGUGGAGAUGAUGGUGGACUCAAAGGACUUACAGCAACAGAGCAAAGCGUUGGACAAACUCACUGACCGCGUCGAGGAUCGCCAACUGGAUUCCACUCGCGUCCUCGAGGCCAUGGCUUCCAUCGCUGCUUCUGCCCAAGCUGAUCGCAAUGCCAUGCGUAUUAGGGAGAAAGAAUUAGCUGCUGUUAAGAUAAAUGCAGCAGAUGUUGAUAUAAUUGCAAAUGAACUAGAGUUGGACAUAAAAGUUGCUGAAAGAACUUUGCGGGAGCAUAAAGGUGAUGCAGUUGCUGCCAUUCGGCACUUGCUUCACUAGCGAGGGAAGUAACAAGGGUGAAUGCUUCAGAGAAUUAUAUUAUGUGUAUCAGCUUAUAUUGUUUUUCAUAGAAAUUGAAUCUCAAAUGUAUACUCUGACCUAAUUCAUUAAGAAAUCAUAACUGUGUUAUUGAUUGACAUCGAGUUUACCACCCCUCCCCCUAAACUUUUCUGUGUUAAGAAAAGAACCCGUUAUCUAACGGUGAAGUUAAGUGCUUCAUGAGGACCUCCACGUGUCGAAUCAUACAUAUGCUUGCUCAUUAAGCAUAGAUAGUGUUUGUUAUCUUCAAGCUCAGCAUGUGAUUGUUUCAACUCAAAUAGAAAGCCUUAUAUUUUUCAA